AUGAGCGAAAUACUAGUGAUCACUUGUCCCGGCGGCAGACAAUGUUCCCAUCUGAUUCCUCUCUUAUACAAUAAAUCCAGAUUCAAACUCCGUCUAGCAGCCCACACCUCGGAAUCCGCCUCUCGUCUCCAAACCACCUAUCCAGAAGCCGAAGUGCAAACAUGCGACACAUCCUCCCUCACCGAAUGUCGCAAGCUCCUCAACAACGCAACAUCAGUCUACCACGUAGGCCCCUCACUCCACUCCCGUGAGACAGAAAUCGGAGUCAACAUAAUCGACGCAGCCGUUGCCGAGAGCCAAAAGCCAGAUACGAAGUUCAAGCACUUUGUCUAUUCCAGCGUUCUCGGCACUCAGCAUCGAAACCUUAUGCAGCACGAUCACAAGAGCCGCGUCGAAGAAAGACUGCUACUAAGCCCUCUGAACUUCACAAUUCUCCAACCAACCAAUUUCAUGGACGUGUACCCAGCCACUGCACUCGCAAAAAUAGAUAGCCCGGCUAUCGAAUAUAUUUGGAACAUCUAUAAUCCAAAUGUUGCCAAUAGUUUAGUUGCGCUCAGAGAUUUGGCGGAAGCCGGGGCCAAGGUUCUGGAUGAGCGGGAAGCACACUAUUUCGUCCAGUAUCCGCUGUGCUCGACACUCCCGGUAUCUGAUGCGGAGUUUAUUAAGGUUAUUGGGGAGCAUAUUGGUAAGAAUAUAGAGAUUCAAACCCCCACUUUUGAAGAGGGCGUGAGCAAGAUUCUCAAGCUUUUGUAUGUCGGGGAGAGUGGCGUGUAUAGUGGGGAUCAUGUGCAUUCGGAUUUGAGAUGGCCGGCCUCAAAGGGAGAUUCACGUCCUGAUAUCACAAGGGAUGAGGCUGAAAGGUUGGUUUUAUUCUAUAAUCGGCGUGGAUUGAAAGGGAAUCCCAGUGUUUUGAGGUGGUUGAUUGGGAGGGAGCCUACAACUGUUGAUGAGUGGGUGAAACUCCAACUGAGCGGCUAG